GAAGAAAAGAAUCUAUUACAGUUCAGCAUAGAUCCUUUUACUCAAAAGGGUGAACGAUAUCAGUGCACUGUAACGAUCAUAGGAAUACCGGAUAAACAACAUUGGUGCUAUUGUGCUUGUCGUGUAUGCUCAUCAAAAAUGAUAUCAACACCUGAUGGGUUCCAGUGUACAAAGGAUGGAGGCUGCCCUUCAAAAACAACAUUGGUGCUAUCAUGCUUGUCGUGUAUGCUCAUCAAAAAUGAUAUCAACACCUGAUGGGUUCCAGUGUACAAAGGAUGGAGGCUGCCCUUCAAAACAAUUUGAAUGGAAGUACAAAAUUCCAUUUAUAGUUGCAGACGACACAUAUAGUCUUGAGUUCAUGAUGUUCGAAAGAAGAGCUGCUGAACUUAUUGGUAAGAGUGCUGAAACAUUAAGAAAAUACAAUGAUCCAGAUAUAAUUCCAAGCGACAUUUCACAAUGGAUUGGCCACAAGUUCACAUUGGUCGUAAGGAUUCUAUAUAAAAAGAGUAUGAGGACUGAACAUCCGUCAUUUGAGGUCCUGUCGAUAAAAGAACGCCAUGGAAAGCAGGAUGUACUUCCAUUAUUAAGCACUCAGUCAUCCGCACUAGGACCAGGAACAUCAUCAGCUAUAGUUGCAACCAAGGAUCUACCUGAACUAAUGACUAUAUCUUCUAAAACACCAACAGAUCAGGAACUUGCAAUGCUAACUCAAUCCAUAGGAGAAUUUGAUGAUAUGGACAUUGAUAAGUCACCAGGAAGGCCUUAUGAUGAUAUUGAGGAUGAGGACAAAAAGAAGGUCUUCAAGAAAGGCAAGAAGUAACAAGUUACAACAGAUAUUGGCCACGCAACAGCUAUUUUGGUGCUUACUAUAGAACUAGCUUUUGUCGCUUCCAUCCGGACACACACAUAUCCACACUACUUUUGCAGUGGCACUCAUUUUGGUGUAUAUAAUGCCACUUUUCUUAUUGUGUUCCUUCAAACUUGGGUUACGUGAUAGUUGCAACACUAAAUGUGCCUCUUAUGAAAUAUAUUGAUAUAUUAUUAUGUACGGAACCAUAAACUACUAUGAACGUCGAUAUAUUAUAUAUGUUCCAAUUCUACUUC